AUGGCAGCCAUACCUGCCAUAGCGGUGUACUAUUGUGCCUAUCUCUGCAAACUCCAUCCCACAAUUGAAGGCAAAUUUGCCACGUUUCUCGAAGCCAGUUUGAAGAGUGAUUCCACCGUCGAUAUGACAGGAAGCGCUGAUGCUGCCGGUAAAGGCGGCAAACAAGUUGCGGCAGACGUCAUGGCAUCGAUCACCAGCGUCAGUUCUGACCUGAAAGAAUCCAUGGGCAAAAGGAAAGAGAAUGCGGAGGAUGCGGCGGAAACGAAUCAGUGGGACGGCUAUUUGGCCGUGGGCAACCAAUACCUGAAAAUUGUGGAGGAAAUAAAGAGCGGUGACUCCUCCAAGGCUCCCCUUGCGAGAGUCAUGGAAAUUCGACUUGGUCGACUCGAAAAGAAGUUGAACAUUCCGGCCGAAUCUUCCCUCAUUGUCGGAACGGAAUAUUAA